UUUAACCACAAUUCUAUAAAUCUCAAAAAUUCAUAAUAACAAUGUUAAUAUAACAACUUGUAGCUUCUGGCAAAAAAAGAAAAGCAGUAUGUGUAUAUUUAUUAGAAGAAAAGGGAAAACUCCAUAUGGUUGGUGAUAAUUAUAAUAACAAUACUAAUAGCUUUCAUGAUCCAGCAAACAAAAAAAGGUGUAUGUAUGUGUGUGUGCCAGUAGUAGCAAGAAGAAAGAAAGAAAUACCACUGAACCACCGGAAAAUCUAACCACCGCCGCUGUCGGAUGGCGGCGGUCGGAGGUGGCGUCGGCGGCGGUUGGAGUUGACGUCGGAUGGAAGUGGUAGAUUCCAACAGAGGCAAAGAAAGGAGAUGGAGAGAAGAAAAGAUUUGUGAAUUGAACAAGCCUCUUAUCGUUCAAUGGAAAGCUGAGCUUUCAAGUGGGGAAUAUGGUUCAGCCGAAUUUUUAAUGAGUAGAGGAAGACAACGGAGGCUUAAAAGUUCCUCUAGCAAAAACAUUCAUUUCGAGGAAUGUGGAUGUCUUGCUUUGGAAGAUGAUGAGGAGACACAUGUAGGUGAAGAGGUGAAGAUGCAUGAAAGUGAAAAGGAAAAGACACAUGAGAGAGUGAAGAGGAGAAAAAGACAAUAAAGGAUUUGAUGGAGGUUGAAGCCAGAGAGGAUAUGGCCGCUCCUCUGAUGGAGGGUGAUGACAAAGCGAAGGAGUGUGAUGUUGACACAAACGAAGUCUAGAUUUCCUGUUUUAUGACACUACUCGAUGGUAAUAGUACUAUAUUUUGUUUUAUAAUUUUAUAUUUGGAUUCUCGAUCUCUUGAUGAGUUCCUAGUAGUGUUAUUGUAUAUACUUGAACUGUAUAUAUUGUUAGAAUAUAAGCAUAUAAUCAUA